AUGCCUUUUAACGUUAUGAUACAGUUAUGUAACAUCACCAGGCAAAGCAAAGAUGUCUUGGCUAAGGCUCUAGAGCAUUGGAUACCUGUAUUGGAAGAUCAUGCUUCCAGGGUUGCAAGACGAAGACAUAUGCCUAAGGGGAAAGGGAAAAAACGACAACGCAAGAAGGAAUCCAUGAGGUACCUCACUCCGUUUUUCGAUGAAAUGAUGGACAAUCAUGGACGACUCGAGAACAUGAUUAUACGAAAACCGAAAGGCCGUGGUCAGUGUUACACUUAUUACAUCCCCGAAAAAAAGUGUACCCUAGUAUUGACCCAUCAAUUCGAGAAAGCAAUAAGAGACAAAGACAUAGUCGAUAUUGUGAUUGCACAAAGACACGAGAAAAUCAUCGUCAAAUUGAGGGAUGGUUUAAAAGUUGUAAUGCCCUUGUCCCCUUACAGUGGUAAGGCUCCGUUUUACAGGGGCGAAGGGUGGACGAAAAAAGACAUUGAAGAGUUUCAUCAUCACGGCAGAGAAACGUUUUCUAUCGCUCAACUUUUUGAAGCUAAAGAAGCGGGCAUAGAAGAGUGGGAACUCGAAAUGAUGAGGAUGGCGAACAAACGAAAGAAAAAGAUGAAGGGAGAAGACACCAGAGAUUGGAAAGAAAUGUUAGCAGCCACCACCGAAAAUAUGGAUUGGGACGCUUUCGAAGAAGAAUCCAGACAAAUCGUCGAAGAAGCAAACGAACCCGUCGAAGACGACCCGAUCGCGAUGCAAUUAAAUGACAUAGAAAAAACUUGUGACGUAACUGAAAAGCUAAAAGCUGCAGGAGAAGAUGUAAUGUCACUGUUACCUAAAAUGCCCGAAAUUCCCGAAAUCCUAAAAAUAUUCAAAGAUCAUAGCGAAUUAACAGAAAUAGCAAAUGUUUCAGGGGCAAGGGUGAAUCUAGCCACUGGUACUCACAGAUUCGUGCCCGGUCAAAUGGUGACGUCAGAGGACGGUGAGAUAUUCGUGCCCGGACAAACUGUCCUUACCGAGUCAGGUGAAAGAGAAUAUACACCUGGCUUUACAGUAUUAUUAGAAGACGAGCCAACUCUAAUUCCAGGUUUAGUAAUGGGCAAUGAUCCCGAAAAAACCAUGUUUUUGCCCGGGGAAGCUACGAUUACAGAGUCGGGCGAAUUACAGUUUGGCGUCAACGAAGACGACAUCGUGCCGUCACUGACUCCGCCUUUCGAGAAGGAGGUGGAAGAAAUAGAGUUGGAAGAGGAGCAAAAUAGUGAAGAAGAGGAGAUCGAACAGAGACCGCCCCCAAAAAAGAAGGAGCUCACUUACGAACGGCCCAAGCGCGAGUUCAAUCAAGAAAAGAUGGGUCCUAAACAUCGCGUACGUGGUCCGAAAAAACUACCCCCGGUCGUUUCACCCCCAGAAAAAGAUCUGGCGGAUCGCCGAAAGACAAUAGUGCCCGAUACCAAAUUGUUCGACCUUACCACCCAGACCUUCGAGAAGGAUUUCCUAGAACAAGAAAAAGAACGUGUAGAAGCUUUCAAGGAGAAAACAGGCAAAGAAGAAGCUAAAGUGGACAAACAGCGUCGGGAAAUCAAGUUAAUGGUUAAAAAGAUGAGAGACAGUUUACCGCCGAAACCAAAGUAUCAACCAUUAGAGCCGGUAAGAAAGAGCGAAAAAUUGCGAGAUAUGGAAAAGAGCAUCAAAAAAGGGAAAUUUUUCGAGGUAGAUUACAAAAAAUGGCUGACGAAAGAAAACAAUCACGAGCCAUUCCAUUGGAUGGACACCUAUCAGUAUAAAAAAACCUUUGACUCGGUGGGGAUCAUUCGUCAUCGUAUAUGGAAAUCGGUCUACUAA